GCAGUUAGCUACACUUUCCACAUUGGUGAUGAAAAUAGCUAACAGGCGCAUCUGAACCCGACGUGUUUUCACUUACUACUUUUCAAAACUUAUAAUCGUUUCCAGUAUUUUCCUGGACAAAUUCGGAUGCCCUGAAAUAAUCUGAAAUUUGGCUGAAUUAGAGGCAGCAGCGAUGAUGAAUAAUUCGACUGCAGACUGCAAUCUCAGAGCAGACUUCCAGAUUUACCUCUUCCCAGCAGUCUACUGCUUGGUGUUCGUGUUAGGGCUUCUGGGAAAUGUGGGCGCCCUCUACGUGUUCAUCUUCAAAAUCACCCCGCGCUCCUCAUCGAACGUCUUCGUCAUUAACCUGGCAUUGGCAGACACAAUCUUCCUCUGCACGCUGCCCUUCCUCAUCCACUACCACCUGAAUGGGAACAACUGGAUCUUCGGCUCCCCGGCAUGCCUGGUCAUCGGCACCCUCUUCUAUACCAACAUCUACAUCAGUGUCGCCUUCCUGACCUGCAUCUGCAUCGACCGCUACAUCGCCACCGUGUACCCACUCACUUACCUGCGGCUACGCGCCACCAGGUGUACGCUGUGGGUGAGCCUGGCCGUGUGGAUGGUCACCGGGGCAGCCAUGUUGGCCUUGGUCUUCACCGGCCCUCUGGACAGCGUCAGACCCCCCAAGAAUGGCUCACACCGCUGCUAUGAGAGCUUCUCGCAGCGCGAGUGGGCCUCUCGCAUGACGGCCUACAACGUGUCCGGCCUGGUGUUUGGCUCCGUCUUGCCCCUCGCCAUCAUCAUGGUCUGCUACCCGCUGGUGGCGCGUCGCCUUGCCCACAUACGGACCCGCACCAGCAGACGGGCACUUCGUAUCAUCUACUCCAUACUGGCCAUCACCACCAUCUGCUUCGUUCCCUAUGCCGUAGUCCACCUCCUGCACCUGCUCAUGCGCCACCAGGUCAUACAGGACUGCGUCUACGCCAACAUCAUCUACAAGGCGCGGCGGCUGACCAUGGCCCUGGUUAGCCUCAACAGCUGCCUGGAUCCCGUGCUUUACUACUUCACCACCAGCCACUGCAAGUGGAGCUUCUUCAAGAGGCUGCGGCUAAGGAGGACCCAGAAUGUGUACACCAUCAACAAAAGGAACUGACCAACCCGGCAGCUUCAGCGUUUUGCCAUUUCAUUCAAAGUACAAAGAUGGGCAACUAAAUUGGUUGCUGGGAUGAAAGACAGACUUAAAACACAGUCCAUUCUGGCUCAGAAAAAGAUAACUGUGGGAUUUACAUUCAUAGAAGGACUGAACAAAGCGGACUACACUAAAGGUUUCAGUUGCAAAACUGAGUUAUGAGUUCUGUUUUGGAGAACAAGGGGGCAUAGGUGGCAAUUAGCUAAAGAUAAAUUCACACUGAUAUUAGGAAGUAAGUUCAUGCAGUGAGUGAGUGACACUGUGUAGGUAAGUUUAAAAUGGCUAAAUUACCUGCUCUUUUCAUAUGUACUAUAAUGCUUUCUUUAACCCUACGGGUGAUGGUGAAUGGGUCUGGCGAAGUUUGCUGGUUUGUAACUGCCAUGUUCAUGUUAAAUGUUCUCAACACUAGGGUACUAGUUUGACAGACUCAUAUAUCUGUACCUGAUGCCAUGUUGAAAAGUUUGAGUCUAAGUGGCGAUGCCACUUCCUGGAAAAAAUGGGUGAGCUCAAGCUUUGUCCCCAAGUGAUUGAAAUGAGUCAUAUGGUAGAUAUAUACAUGCUAACAUGCAAAUGGGAAAUCACGCCAAAAUGUAGUCUUCCCUGGGGAUGAAGGGAUUGGCCUAGGGAUGCAUGCUGUGCACUUUAUUUUUGAGAUAAACAAGAGAUAAUAGGAGGAAGGCCAAUAGCUCAAACCACUUCAUGCCUAGACCCUCAUGCCAAAGACUCCAAAGAAUUCUAGUCCUUUUUUUUGUUGUUAAUAUUCAUUGAAACUGAAAGAGGCAGGCCUUGGAUUAUUGCACUAUUGAAAAUUAUUCUAGGAAAUCACACAGCUAGCUGAUGAGUUCAAUCAUAUGUGCUUGGGCGUUCCAUUAGCAUGAAUUCCUACAGUAUAUUCAACAGGGUUUUUAUAUCCACCUUGCAGUUCAAGAGUCUUGUGAGGAAUAGGCCUUUGUCCUAACAACGCAGAUCCAAAUACAUUUUACUUUUGGCCAAUGUGCUCAAUCCAAAUAGCUUCAGUUAAAUAUUAGCUAGCUGUGAGAAUGGUUGCCGUGCCACACACAACAAAUAAUAACAUGCUUUGCAAAUGAACUAUGCAAUGUUUUGCUUAGAAUGUGCCAUUUUCAUAUUAAAUGCCUAAAUCAAACAGUGGUGAUGGAACAGAAGUUAAUUUGACUUAAAUGUGCGGCUGUUGGAUUUCUCUGAUGAAACGGUUGGUUACAUUUAUUAAAAAUGUAUUUCAUGCUUUC